AUGGCUGUUUUCCCAAGCACUGUAGUGGCUAUGGCAUCGAUACUAUCCAUUUUUGUCUUCUGCUUUCCUACUAUUGUUACCUCUGCAUCUUUCGGAAAAAUCUUCUUGCCGCCAACAGACUUUGGUCCUGAGUCUGUUGCCUUUGAAUCUCCUGGCGGAGCAUUCUAUACAGGUGUUAAUGAUGGACCCAUCAGCGGAAGGCCUUUUGGCUUGGCAUAUAAUCCUAUCACAAGAUUGCUCUGCAUAGACGAUGCAUAUUAUGGGCUCUUAGUUGCUAACUCAAAUGGGAGUCUUGCUGGACAAAUUGCUACUAGUGCUGAAGGGCAACCCUUCGUGUUUCUUAAUGCUAUAUAUAUCGACCCAUCAGUAGAUCGAGAUGGUUCAUAUCUCCUUGUCUCAGAGGCUCUUGGUAAUAGGAUUCGAAAAUAUUGGCUCACAGGACCCAGAGCCAAUACUGCAGAAAUUUUGUUAAGCAACAUUAACAUUGUGAGGCCACAAAACAUUAAGAGAACAACAUUGGGUGAUUUUUGGGUGGCAGCUGCAACUGUUAAACAAGGUACACAAACGUUAGCGCCCAUAAGAGUUAGGGUUGAUGGAUCUGGCAGAAUUUCGGAAAUUGUGUCUCUUGAGGCACAAUAUGGCAGUACUCUUAUCAGCGAAGUUCAAGCGUCUGGUUUGGCUUUGUAUGAACCUGUUGAAGGCAAAAUCGUGAUUAAAUCUCCUUCUUCAAUUUCUCACUAUGGAAUUCGCCUCUCCGUCAACGGAUCUGUCAACUUGCAGGUUCGAGGAGGAUCAGCUGGUGUUCUUGAAUCCUUAUAUGGUGUUGUCAAGCCUAUCACCAUCGUGAAUAAGAGCAUUGAGGUGAGACAAUCGGGAAAGAUUGAUUCGGGUACAAAUGAGUGUUUGCUUGUUGUGGCAGAUACCAUUUGCUGUGGUUUUGAAACAAACCGGAGAAAAAAUUUGGAAAGAUUUUACGAGACCUUUCAUGGAACGAAUAUUAGCAUCCAGUAUCUGGUAACUGUAGAUAUAGCAAGAGGUUACCUUCAUAAAUCGCUAUCUACAACGAUGGAAGUUAUAGUUGAAAGUGAUAAAGCUGAUCUUCUUGAGCGACCAGUUUCUUCUGAAAUGGCUAUCUUUUAUAUUACUCAGGACACUCAAAGACAUCCGUUGCUUCCUGAAUUAAAGUCAGGUGGUUUUCGGGUGACAGGAAGAAUGUCUACUCUGUGUUCUUUGUUGGAUCCCAUCAGUGGAGACUUAACAGUUGAAGCAUCAGCAGUUCCCAUCUCCUCCAUUGACAUACACUUGCUUCGUGUAGAGUCAAUUCUAAUGGGAGAGAAAAUUGUGACUGAAACUUCUUUGAUUCAGACUACACAGAUAGCGGAUGGAGAUGUCUGUCGUAAUCUGACUUUGCCCAUCUAUGUUAUCCUCCCUCGCCUUUUGACUUGUCCGAGUGUCUUUGCUGGUCCAUUUUCAAUUGAGUUCAAAGUGUCCAUAGUCAUCAGCUUUCAGUCAGAGUUGUCCAAAUUGCAUAAAAAAUCUGAUCCCAGAACUCCAAGACUCUGGCUGGCACUGGAAACUUUACCUCUUGAACUUUUUCGAACAAGAUGA